UGGUGGGAAGGGGCUGAGAUGGUGACCGACGCGGGGGCGACCCGGCUGUUUCUCCUCUUGCUGAUGGCGGUAGCGGCGCCUAGUGGAGUCCGAGGCAGCAGCUGCCGAGCAGGGGCCGCUGCGCGUGGGGCUGGGGUAGAAGGCCGAGAAGGCGAGGGCUGUGGCCCAGUGGGACUGCUGCUGGAACAUUCAUUUGAGAUUGAUGACAGUGCCCACUUCCGGAAGCGGGGUUCACUGCUCUGGAACCAGCAGGAUGGCACUUUGUCCCUAUCUCAGCGGCAGCUCAGUGAGGAGGAGCGGGGCCGACUCCGGGAUGUGGCAGCCCUAAAUGGCUUAUACCGUGUCCGGGUCCCAAGGAGGCCUGGGGCACUUGAUGGCCCAGAAGCUGGUGGCUACGUCUCCUCCUUUGUUCCUGCGUGCUCUCUGGUGGAGUCGCACCUCUCAGAUCAGUUGACCCUGCAUGUGGAUGUGGCUGGCAAUGUGGUAGGCGUGUCAGUGGUGACCCACCCUGGGGGCUGCCGGGGCCACGAGGUGGAGGAUGUAGACCUGGAGCUAUUCAAUACUUCGGUGCAGCUGCAGCCUCCAGUCACAGCCCCGGGCCCAGAGACAGCGGCCUUCAUCGAGCGUCUGGAGAUGGAGCAGGCCCAGAAGGCCAAGAACCCGCAGGAGCAGAAGUCCUUUUUUGCUAAAUACUGGAUGUACAUCAUUCCUGUCGUCCUGUUCCUCAUGAUGUCAGGAGCACCAGAUGCUGGGGGCCAGGGUGGGGGUGGGGGUGGAGGUGGGGGUGGGGGCAGUGGCCGGUGAGAGGCCUGUCUUCUGGCGCCCAGGAUCCUCCUUCCCUGCUAAAGUCCCCCAUGCCCUUGGCCAUCCCAGGAAUAAUUCACCAGUCCCUCCUGUCUGCCCAGGAGCCAGCAGACCACCUGCACGAGCCCUUUGUCCUCUCUGGGUCUCUAUGUUCCUCUUGGCAGAGGAGUGACUGGAUUCUGGGCCCUGGUGCAGGGGCGCUGCAGUGUCCCCCUGUGACCACAGAGGCUUUCCUUUGCCCUCGGGAUAGCAUCUCAGCUCCUGGCCGGUGGUAGCUUCAGCCUCUCUGACCUCAUGCCCCCUAUCCCCUGGCCUCUCUGCCCCGGCCCGUAUAGUUUGGGAACAUGCCAAGUUCUCUCCAGCCUCUGUGCCUUUGUUUGAGGUGGUCUCACCCUCCUGCCCUUGCCUGGGUUAUGGCACCAUCCAGGCUCCCAUGGUAGCCCCCUUACUCGUUGGACACUGUAUUGGGCCUGGACUGGGCUGCACCCUCCCCUGGUGCCUGGCUAUACUCCCCCCUCCCUGUGCAGAUAAAGAGUUCUGAGGGUCAGGUCACUGGGCCCUUUAUGGCCUCCAGGCUGGAAGGAAAAUGUUUAAGGUAAAGAAACAAAACCAACACUCAGUGGAGUCAAAGGUUAGAUGCUGUGGAACCCCUUCCCUGCUGUCCGGUCUUGUGGGGCCUGAGCCUCUCACCUGGAGCGUGGCACUAGGUGGGCGGCUGGCCAGCCCUCUGCUGCAACCUUCCUUUCAAGUUUAUUUAAAAACACCUACAACGUAUUGAAAAUAUGAACAUUGUGAAAAAUUAUAGCUUCUAAGAGUUACGUGAGGCUGUUGUUUUGGCUACAAGACAGUCACGGUGUGCAGGCUUUAUUGCAAUCCACUGUUCAUGCUACUAAGAAAAAAGAAAAUUGCCAUCCUCAUCAUCCUCAUCACUGUAUAAUGCUCAGCUGUGUUGUGUGGUAGUUUAUUAUUAAACUGUUUCCAAAAUGUUCGA